CAAAUCUAUUCACAAUUGGCUGUUUCAAGCUUAUCACUCAUGUCGUAAAGGUGGUUCGGUGUCACAUACCCGAUUCUGUGUUUUGAGCUGGCUUACGAUCGACUGGAUAAGAAGCUGUGGUGGUUUACAAAGUUGGUGUUAAGCCCUGAGGGAGAUAAAUUGACUGAUCUCUGCUUCCUUCAAGGUACACGCUCUCGAGAUCAUGAGAUUGGGGGUAUUCUAAUACUUUCUUACCAUUACAAUGGCUUUUAAUGUGAGAAAUACCAAUAAGAAGUACGAAACUGCUGUUCUUGAUCAUGAUGUAUUACGUUACAAGGUUAUCAAUAUUCAGAACUUGAUGAUACCAAUGCCUGAUGGGUCAAGAUUACAAGCUAAUAUGUGGAUACCAGAAGAUGUGUAUUUGAAAUCUCUUUUCACUGUUGGUUGUGUGAUUGAGUAUCUCCCUUAUAGAACCGAUGUGACUAUCCUCAGGGAUUCAACAAGACAUCCGUGGUUUGCUGGCGGUGGACUUGCGUCGCUUAGAAUUGACAUGAGAGGAUCCUGUGCUUCUGAUGGAGUCUUAAAGGAUGAAUACCUUAAGCAAGAACAAGACGAUGCCUUGGCUGCUUUCGAUUGGGUAGUCUCUCAGCCUUGGUCCAAUGGCAAUAUUGCUAUGUUUGGAAAGUCGUGGGCUGGUUUUAACGGUUUGGAAAUUGCUGCACGUCAACAUCCUGCUUUGAAGACAAUCAUAAGCUUGAUGUCAUCUGAUGAUCGUUACGCAGAUGAUAUCCAUUAUCGUGGCGGGUGUCUUUUUGCUUCAGAGAUGGCGUGGUGGGGAUCCACAAUGGGAGUGCUGGCACCACGCCCACAAGAUCCACGAUUGGUUGGUGAAGAAUGGAGAACAAAUUGGAUUCAACGUCUCAAUUCAGAGCCGAUGGUAAAGACAUGGCUGGAACACCAAACAAGGGAUUCAUAUUGGAAACAAGGCUCCAUAAACGAGGAUUAUACACAAGUCCAAAUACCUGUUCUCGCUGUUGGCGGUUGGCGAGAUUGUUAUACAUCUGCAGUGUUUAGAAUGGUUGCGAACUUACCAAAUGAAUCAACUUGUGGAAUCAUAGGACCUUGGGUUCAUGAAUUCCCAGAAAUUGCUGAGCCAGGGCCAAAGAUCGGAUUCCAACAAUUGGCACUGAAGUGGUUGAGAAAGUAUCUAAACCCUGAAGAGGAGAGCUCCUUGGAUUUACCAAAGCUUACAGCUUAUAUCCAGCAUCCAACGUCAAUUGUUGACUCCUAUACAUUUAGAGAAGGUGAUUGGGUAUCUUUGAAUUCCGAGCCGAAUAAGAGUACCAAUCUACCUUUAUUUCUGACGCAAGAAGGAACACUAUCUAGAGACCCUUGUACGCUCAAGAAACAUGUCUCUGGUGUUCUAUCCCAUGGAUUAUUCAGAGGUACUUUCUGCCCCCUGGGGUUUUUCGGUGAUUUCCCCGCUGAUCAACGCUAUGAGGAUUCCAAAACAACUACGUGGGACUCUUCUGCCUUCGAUGACGAUUUGUGCUUACUGGGAGAACCCAUUAUGAGACUCUGUUUGAGUUCCAAUAAGAAGUUUGCCAAUGUUACUGUCAAAGUUGAAGACAUAUACCCCCACAAUGGCGAAAUUGUCUUGAUAUCAUGGGGACAGUUAAACAUGACACAUAGAAACUCUGAUGAACUUCCAGAAUGGCUUGAGCCUGGAAGAAAAUACGACGUGGAAGUUCGGCUAGAUGUUGUUGGCAUCAAAAUUGCAAAAGGCCAUAAGUUGAGGGUAGCAAUAUCGACAUGCGAUUGGCCACAGAACUGGCCAACCCCUGAGAUUCCAACGAUUGAGAUUGAGAAAGGCGAACUUGUUCUUCCAUUACUCAAUCGUAAUAAUCAGGUUAGUUCUCCCGUGUUUGAAAACCCAACCAUUAUGAAAGGAAUUCCAAAUGAACUUGUAAAACCAUACGGCCGCUCCAAAACAGUAUCAUAUGACUACUCAAGUGACAAGUGGAGUCUAGUUGAUACACACGACUCUGGGUGUGUCAAAAUUGUUGAUUAUGGUGAAUUGACAGGAACUUAUCACGGGAGUUGGAAUCAAAAUAAUUUGACAAUCAAAUCUGAUGAUCCGCUCAGUGGCUUCAUUGAAAACAAAUGGCGCUAUGAAAUGGGCAGAAAGGCGGAUAACUGGGAUAUUAAACUGGAAACCAGAACGACGCUUCACUCUGACAGAGAUAACUUCUACUUAACUCAAAGUUUGAAGGCUUUUGAGAACGAUGACAAAGUGUUUGAUAAAGUAUGGGAUUAUACAAUUAAAAGACUCUUCAUAUGAUGAAACAGAGUUUCUUGGUUUCAUUUCAUAAGACUAGUUCAUAUACGGUUAUGCUAAGUAAGCCACAGGUA